GAAAAUUAAAUUGAAUCUAGGCAGCUUAACACCAGCAUGUUGAAAAUCUGUUUAUUGCUACACCAAGGAUAAAUGAAUCCAUGGAUACGGCUAAUGAGUUUCAGCACUUUCCAAAAUGAAAGGCCUGCCCACCCUGAAAGCCAGAACUGAGAGCGAAUGGGGAUUGAAUUGCUUUGCCUCUUCUUUUUAUUUCUGCAAAGAAAUAACAAUGUACAAGGAAAUUGUAAUUCAGGGAGUGCAGUGAAUUGUGAAGACUGUUUGCUUUCUGGACCGCACUGUGCCUGGUGUUUUCAAGCGAAUUUUACUGACACAUCUGAAAUCCCUAUAAGAUGUGACAUUCCUGAAAGGCUUGUGUCAAAAGGAUGCCAGCUGAAUUUCAUUGAGUUUCCCGUUUCUAAAGUAAUAAUCCACAAAAAUAAGCCCCUUAGUGAAGGACCACAAGAAAACAACUCAGAUGUUACCCAGAUAUCUCCUCAAAAAUUAACUGUUCGACUGCGGCCAGGACAUGAAGAAACAAUACAGAUCAAUGUUCGCCGAACUGAAGAUUAUCCAGUUGACCUCUACUACCUCAUGGAUCUUUCAGCUUCAAUGGUUGAUGAUCUGAACACAAUAAAGGAAUUAGGUUCCACGCUUUCUAAAGAAAUGUCUAAACUCACGAGUAACUUUCAGCUAGGUUUUGGGUCUUUUGUAGAAAAACCAGUUUCACCAUUCAUCAAAACUGUGCCAGAAGAAAUUGAGAAUCCUUGCAGAGGUUACACAGAUGAUUGCUCACCCGCAUUUGGAUACAGGCACAUUCUGUCAUUGACAAAUGACUCGGAAAGAUUUAAUAGAAUUGUGAAAAAGCAGAAAAUUAGUGCUAAUAUAGACACUCCUGAGGCAGGUUUUGAUGCAAUUAUGCAGGCAGCUGUUUGUAAGGAAAAAAUUGGUUGGAGAAACAUUUCAUUACAUCUGUUGGUGUUUGUGACUGAUGCCGAUUCACAUAUUGGGAUGGAUAGUAAACUAGCAGGAAUUGUUAUUCCAAAUGACGGAGAGUGCCACUUAGAUCAUAAUAAUGAAUACUCCAUGUCAGCCUUUUUGGAGUACCCAACAGUCGGACAAUUAAUAGACAAGAUUGUUCAAAACAAUAUUUUAGUAAUUUUUGCAGUAACAGAGAAGCAGAUUCAUUUGUAUGAGAACUAUGCUGAUCUUAUUCCUGGGGCUACUGUUGGACUACUUCAGCAGGAUUCUGGAAAUGUCCUCCAGUUGAUUAUCGAUGCAUAUAAGGCAAUCCGAUCUGAAAUUGAGAUAGAAAUGUUGGGAGACACAGAUGGACUAAAUCUUGCUUUCACUGCAGUGUGUACCAAUGGCAUGGUGUUUCCACACCAAAAGAAAUGUUCUCACAUAAAAGUGGGAGAAACAGUGACUUUCAAUGUGACAUUAAGUCUCUCUGUUUGUGAGAAAAGUAGGAGGAACAUCAUAUUCAGGCCAGUGGGUCUGAGUGAAACUUUGGAAAUUGAAAUCCAGCCAGAAUGUAGCUGUAAUUGUCAGAAGGAAGCGGAGGUGAACAGUUCCAUGUGCAAUGGGAGUGGUACUCUGGAGUGUGGAGUAUGUGCUUGCAACCCUGGUUACAUGGGUCCUCGAUGCAAGUGUGGUGAAAUCGACUCAUUGAGUUCAGAUUCCUGUAGAGGUUCUCCAGAGCAGAGCUCUUGCAGUGGCAGAGGUGAUUGCUAUUGUGGAGAGUGCAUUUGCCAUCUAUCGGCAUAUGGACGUAUUUAUGGACCGUACUGUGAAUGUGACAACUUCUCUUGUGUGAGAUUUAAAGGAUUGAUUUGUGGAGGCAAUGGAGACUGUGACUGCAGUGAAUGUAUCUGCCACAGUGGCUGGACGGGUGAAUACUGCAACUGUACUACAGACACUGAAGCAUGUAUUUCUAAUGAUGACACAGUCUGCAGUGGGAGAGGCGAAUGCAUUUGUGGAAAAUGUGUGUGCUCAAAUCCAGGGGUUUCAGGCAGCACAUGUGAAAAAUAUACUACUUAUGUUGAUCCUUGUAGUUCCAAAAGGAGCUGCAUAGAAUGUUAUUUAGCUACUAAUGAUCAGUCACAGGAAGAAUGCACUGAAAAAUGUAAACUGGUAGAUGUGACCAUCAGUAGCAAAGAAGAUAGCAUGAAAGAUAAGUCUGUCCAGUGUUUGUUGCAAGGGGAGAAUGAAUGUGUUAUCACAUUUGUAAUGGAAGAUGAUGAACAAGGAAAAACAACCAUUCACAGCAUAACGCAGAAAGACUGUCCACAACCUCCGAACAUUCCAAUGAUUAUGUUGGGUGUUUCUAUUGCAGUCUUCCUCAUUGGGGUUGUCUUGCUUUGCAUAUGGAAAUUGUACAUUUCAUUUCAAGAUCGCAAGGAAGUUGCUAAGUUUGAAGCAGAGAGAUCAAAAGCCAGAUGGCAAACUGGAACAAACCCACUGUACAGAGGCUCAACAACAACAUUCAAAAAUGUGACGUACAAGAAUAAAGAAAAGCAAAUGGGAUCUGCUACGGAUCUUUACUAG